UGCACUAUUUAGUAGUAACGGUGGAUGCGACAAAAAUGAAAUCUGUCCAAACAGGACUCCGUAGCAUUCAGGAAGGAAACAUGGCGGCCGCCUUGGCAAGGAGGGUGUCUGGGCUGCUGAGGCCGCUGUCUGUCUCUCUGUGUGCCAAGACACCACAGCUCUGUCAGUUCUCCAGCCUCAUCCAGCCGCCGCCUCUCUACAGCUUCGCCACAGCCGCUGUCCGCGCUCCUCUGCGGGCUGCAGUGUGUCAGACACCCCGAUACAACAUCCUACAACGGGUAUCGGCUCUUACUCCCAGUCUGACUCAGCAACCAAGUAGAAGUCUGACGUACUACAGUGUGAAGAAGGGGAAGAGGAAGACUGUAAAAUCAGUGACAGAAAGGUUCAUGAGGCUGCACUGUGGCCUUUGGAUCAGGCGCAAGGCUGGAUACAAGAAGAAACUGUGGAAGAAGAAACCUGCCAGACGCAAGCGCCUCAGGGAACAUGUAUUCUGUAACAAAACACAGAGCAAGCUUUUGGAUAAAAUGACAACCUCUUUUUGGAAAAGGAGGAACUGGUUUGUUAAUGAUCCAUACUUGAAGUACCACGAUCGGGUCAACUUCAAAGUGUAAUCUGCUGAUCCAUGUAGUGACAUCUUGUUUUCUGUUUCAAUAUAAUACAAUAAAGUUAUAUAUGUAAUAAA